AUGGUGGGAAAGUUGAUUCUCAAACAGUGUAAGCCAACACAAAGAAAUGCAAACCCUAUUGUUCACGUUGGUGAUGAGUUUCUUGUAGUGAACAUUAACAAACUUGAAGAGGAUAUCAAGGGUGACAGUGAUGGGAAAAUGGAUGAGGAGGCAUAUGGAAGUGCACAUGGAUUCAUCCAAGAGAAAAUAGUAAAGGAGCUAGAAUCGGGGGGAACAAAGGCUUUGAGGCAUUCUGAAUGGUCAUGGCCUUGGAGCUUGAUGACAAAGCAGGUAAAGGCAAAUUGGACAAGGAAAAUGAGGUGCCUUGGAAGAUCUAAGAGAUACCAUGAAAACCAAGGGUGUGGGGUGGUGGUGGGGUUUGGUGGUCAUGACCUCAUAAAAAACAAAAGGCUAUGA